AUGGCAGAUGCAAUUGCUUUGUCUUCCCACAUUGCUAUUACAAUCAAGACAGUUCAUAAACGACUGGAGCACUGGGCAAAGAAACAAUAUUUCUUGGAAACAAUUAUCAUUUUAUCUGUUCCAACUUGCAUCUGGGGAUUUAUUGGGAAUGGAGUUGACUUCUGGCUUCUUUGCUUCAGGAUCAAGAGGACUAGGUUCUCAGUUUAUAUUCUCAAUUUGACAGCUGCUGAUCUUAUUGUAAACAUCUACUACCUAAUGGUUUUUAUCUCAUUUUUGGUACCACUUAAUGUCAAUCUCUACUUUUCACGUGUAAUGGAGAUUAUAUAUUUAUUUGCAUACAAUACCAGCAUCUACUUGGUAACAGCUGUUGCUGCUGAAAGGUACCUCAGUGUCUUCUUCCCAGUCUGGUAUCAACGUCACAGGCGAAAGCACCUCUCCAUCUUUGUGUGUGCCGUUUUGUGGCCCUUCUCCUGCCUGGUGUCGCUGGUGACCUAUAUUUCCUGCUAUCCAAGGUUCCUUUCAUCUCACAAUGAAGAGAGAGCAGGUUGCACAGCUGCAACUAUAUUUGAAAUCACAAUAACUUUUCUGGUUUUCCAACCCAUCCUGUUUUUUUCUACCGCAGCUCUUUGUAUCAAAAUGCAAAGAGAAGCCAAGCAAAGGGCUCCAGCAAGACUUGAUAUCACCAUCACCAUCUUAGCUGUUGUAUUUCUUAUCUUUUCUUUUACAGUUAGAAUGGUUGAUGCCAUCGCAUAUUGGCACCAAACACUAGAUGCACCUGUCCCAUUUCUACUUUCUCUGUUGUUUGAUUCCAUCAAGAGCAGCAUCAACCCGUCCAUAUAUAUUGUUGUUGGAUGUUGGAAGACAAAGAAGCCCCGCCAUAAGUUUCUUGAGACAGCUUUGAGUGACAAAGCGGAGAGAACUCAAGUAGACCAAAAGCAGACUGAGAAGUAUCCAAAGCCUCAGGUGUGA